AUGAAUGUGAGUGUAAUAUUUUUCAUCGCGUGUUUAAUUCACUUUGAUAUUCUCUUGGGGAAUUCUUUGGAUCUCGCAAGCCAUGACGAAGAAGGGGACGUCGAUUUACCAGAAGCUCUCGGCGAUGACUUCGAUAUGUCCUACUUGAAAUGUACGAGCGAAGGAUGCGAGCUCGUCAAAGGUUCUAUAAACGAGUUAGCGAAGCCAGGUCCUUGGGAAGUGGAGAAUGAGGAAGCUCAGAGUCCCCACUCGCGCUCGAAACGGAAGAUGUUCUUGCCCGAUAAUAGAUUGCGUCUUCGUGAACAAAGUGUUGGUCGGUUUCCUUUCAACAGCGCUGUAGCGAUACGAGUGAAUGGUGAAGUAAAGUGUAGUGGAGUAGCUUUAUUACGGCCUCGGUUCUUUUUGACUGCAGCGCAUUGUGUACAACCUGAUGGAAAGCGGAAAGGUAGGUGUGAAUUAGAGGGGGUAGAGUGCGGAGUGGGCAAUAAUGUUUUCAAAUGGAGUUGGGGGAGGGAGGGAGGGAGGGUGUUUAAGCCUGGUUCACAUUAGCAAUUUUGUCGGCGAUUUUGUGUUUCUGACGGAUGCAAAUGAGUGAACUCGCACACAAAAGUAUAGAGUCGCUUUUCAGAAGUAAACAAUUUUAAGUCUUUUGUAUGUCAUUCAUUCCAUCACAUUUGUCAAGAGGGGAAACAUCGCCGACAGAAUUGCUAGAAUGCUGGUGCGAACCAGGUUUUAAUAGUGGUGUAUAAUGAUAUCAAAGGGAGGCGAGGUCAGUGGGAAGGUCAGGAAUUCAUAGGGUGGGAAUCAUAUUUUCAAGUGAGACUUAAUGGAUGAUACGAUUUGGGGUGAUUUGUGGAUGUCUGAAGAUGGAAUUAUGUGUUGAAGAUGAGUUGGGGAAGCACGAUAUUCUGAAUUGCUUUGAGAUUUUCGUCAACCUAGGAUUAAGCUAAGAAGCUUUUGAACAACCGUUUUGAAAGAUUGAUUGCAAAGAUAGAUUGAUUGCAAAGAUUUCAACAUUUUUAGAACAAGUGUGAAAGUCUAUCUCACAGAUUUGGCCCUCUUGGCCACUUGGCCCAUGUUUUGUUACAUCUGUUUUGUGAAAUAUGUACUGUGACUGUGUGAAUGUACUGUAUAGAUGUAUUAACUCUUCAUAGCUACUCAUUGUAAAUAUAGUACUUGUUAAUAUAGAUUAGUUAAUUUAGUGAUAGAAGAGCCAAUUCAAUUUGGAAUCGCUAAUAAAUCAUUAUUAUUAUUAUUAUUAUUAUUAUUGAACAUGACCUCUCAUGCCUAUCAACUGUUUUAUAAUGUUCUCUUCAUUUUUGACAUGAAAUUUAGAUAUUGAAGUUGGUGUUCUACACAAAUUUCGGGUGAUGCAGUGGGCUAAAGUCGAAAAUACACGUGUGCAUCCUAUCUGGAAAUCGAGAAAG